AUGCGUUACUCUUCUGAACUCUGUAAACAAAAACCCUCGGUAUCAUCAUCUUCUUACUUCUUCAAAUCUUCACAGUUACCUUCCACCAUUCUCAGAAUCGUCGUCUCUUUUUCUUCUUCCUCAUCUCUAUCGCUGCCAAUUCGUGAUACGCAGAGGAGAACUCAUCGGAGAGGAACAAAUCUUCCUUCUUCUAGAGAAUCCACAACCCUGAAAAAAAUGGCGAAGAAUCGAGGAUCGGCGAUGUCUCUCGAAGCUUUCGUGUCAACAAUGGCUCCACUUAUAGACAUGGAGAAAGAAGCCGAGAUAUCAAUGUCUCUAACCACGGGCGCUUCGAGAAACAUCGAAACAGCUCAGAAGAAAGGCACGACGAUCCUCAAUCUGAAAUGCGUCGAUGUUCAAACAGGUCUAAUGGGGAAAUCUCUAAUCGAAUUCCAAUCAAACAAAGGAGAUGUUCUUCCUGCUCACAAGUUCGGCAACCACGACGUCGUCGUUCUGAAGCUGAACAAAUCCGAUCUCGGCUCCUCUCCUCUCGCGCAAGGAGUGGUGUAUCGGCUAAAGGACUCUUCGAUCACCGUCGUUUUCGACGAGAUCCCGGAGGAAGGGCUAAACACUUCUCUCCGAUUGGAGAAGCUCGCGAACGAGGUAACGUAUCGGAGAAUGAAAGAUACGUUGAUUCAGCUGAGCAAAGGCGUGUUGAGAGGACCUGCUUCUGAUCUAGUCCCGGUCUUGUUCGGCGAGAGACAACCAUCGGUGACGAAGAAGGAAGCUGAGUUUACGCCUUUUAACAAGAACCUUGAUCAGUCGCAGAGAGAUGCGAUCACAAAGGCGUUAUCUUCGAAAGAUGUGUUCUUGCUACACGGACCUCCUGGUACUGGGAAGACUACAACGGUGGUGGAGAUAGUCUUGCAAGAAGUGAAACGCGGAUCAAAGAUUCUCGCUUGCGCGGCUUCGAAUAUCGCGGUUGAUAACAUUGUCGAGAGGCUCGUUCCUCACAAGGUGAAGCUGGUGAGAGUUGGACAUCCUGCUCGGCUCUUACCUCAGGUUCUUGAUAGUGCUCUCGACGCUCAGGUUCUUAAAGGAGAUAAUAGCGGUUUAGCGAACGACAUCAGAAAAGAAAUGAAGGCCUUGAACGGGAAGUUGUUGAAGACGAAAGAUAAGAACACAAGGAGAGGACUACAGAAGGAUCUUCGUGUUCUUGGGAAGGAAGAGCGUAAGAGGCAGCAGUUAGCUGUAACAGACGUGAUUAAGAACGCUGAUGUGAUCCUCACAACUCUGACUGGUGCAUUGACUCGAAAGCUUGAUCAUACAACUUUUGACUUGGUGAUUAUUGACGAAGGAGCACAGGCUCUUGAGGUAGCAUGUUGGAUUGCUCUGUUAAAGGGUUCGAGAUGUAUACUAGCAGGAGACCAUCUCCAGCUCCCGCCGACGAUUCAAAGCGCUGAAGCCGAGAGGAAAGGGUUAGGGAGAACGCUUUUUGAGCGGCUAGCGGAUCUUUACGGAGAUGAGAUCAAGUCUAUGCUUACUGUACAGUACCGUAUGCAUGAGCUUAUCAUGAACUGGUCAUCGGAGGAGCUUUACGAUGGGAAGAUAAGCGCGCAUUCGAGUGUUGCCUCGCACACGCUUUUCGACUUGGAGAAUGUGGAGAAAUCUUCUGCAACGGAGGCGACUCUGCUGUUGGUAGAUACCGCUGGGUGCGACAUGGAAGAGAAGAAAGACGAGGAAGAGAGCACUUACAACGAAGGUGAAGCAGAGGUUGCAAUGGCACAUGCCAAGAGACUGAUCAUGAGUGGAGUCAAGCCUUGUGAUAUCGGAAUCAUUACGCCUUACGCUGCUCAGGUUAUGGUGCUUAGGAUUCUUAGAGGGAAAGAGGAGAAGCUGAAGGAUCUGGAGAUCUCUACGGUGGAUGGUUUCCAAGGCCGAGAGAAAGAAGCUAUUAUUAUUUCCAUGGUUCGGUCGAACUCGAAGAACGAGGUUGGGUUUUUGAAAGACCAGAGGAGAAUGAAUGUGGCUGUUACUCGCGCCAGAAGACAGUGUUGUGUUGUUUGCGAUACGGAGACAGUGAGCAGCGAUGCGUUUCUUAAACGUAUGGUCGAAUACUUUGAAGAGCACGGCGAGUAUCUCAGCGCCUCUGAGUAUACCAACUGGUAA